AUGUCAGACUUGAAGGAAUUCGACGAAGUUGUGUUCAAGAACACAUCGUACCGUCUGGACCAGCCUUCGCUAUAUCUGGUCAGAAAGGCCAGGAGAGACCCGGAUGGAUACGAAAACCUCAAGAAGUCGGUCACGUCAGGGACUGUGUAUAUCGGCAAACUUUCAGUGGAAACAACAGAAGAACAGUUAUAUGAGCUAUUCAGUCGGUGUGGGGUGGUGAAGAAAAUCAUCAUGGGUCUGGACAGAUACACCAUGACGCCCACCGGGUUCUGUUUCAUCAUAUUUGCCAACUCCAAGGGAGCGCUUUCCGCAGUCAAAUAUUUGAACGGAACGAGAAUCAAUGGAAGAAGCAUGGCUAUAGACUUGGACCCCGGGUUUACAGAAGGCCGGCAGUUUGGCCGGGGCGAAAACGGAGGUCAACGCACGCACACGGAUACGAGGAGCAGAAGAGGAGCGCGGGGCGGAUAUCGCAGGCAGAACAGUGGCUAUCGCGAGAGAAGGCAUCCAAGCGGUAGUUACAGGUCUGACGCUGAAACUGCAUCUGGACCUGGCGUUUCGGAAUGGGAGAACACUCAGUUCACGGUGAACGUUCCCCCACACAUGAGCCAAGCGGGAGCAAGGGGCGACUCUGAGUUUGUACCUCCCCAUAUGAGGUGA